AUGACGACCGAAUAUUCGACAACGUCUGGCAUGGGUGAGCCCCAUGAAUACAUUGGAGAAGAAGGGGAUAAGACCACGGAAUCUCCCCCAAUCAGCGACAAAGAAGGCGAAGCCCAGGGCAUUCCAUGCACAAAAGAACCUGAACCAGACGGACUUGACUUCAUUGAUCCAGUCGAAAUCAAUGAUGGCAGUGGAGCUGACUGCGAACUACAUGUCUACGAAAGUCGCUACGAUACUCGCGGCGAGAAUGUGGUAUUGAGAGUUGGGGUGAAGCAUGAAUUUGAGGCCCCGAAAGACAGAAGUCACGCUGCAGCUCUCGUCCUGACACGCUUUUACUCUGAAGACAAAGAGCUCUAUUCGACGAGAUUAGAGGUCAGAUCGCCAUAUUUGAGGAAAGCCUUGAGAGAAGUCAUCAAGUCGUAUCCAGGAAUCGAUUUUGAUCCAGCCAACAACGUCUGGAUCCACGAAGACGAUGCCUCAUGCCUCUUUCACUACCGGGCAGAAUUGGAAGUAUACGCCGAGUCAUCUGGAGACGAAGAAAUGCAGCGUCACCUGCACAUGCUGCUGCAAUAUGUUAAGCGCAGAUUUCACGAAGAAAUCAAGAGAUAUGACGCAACAGUCGCCAAACGACAGGCCUCGGCCGGUUCGGAGUUCAAAUACCUGUGGAUGGCGUACAAGCCAGGCGAUCUCUUAUAUCAAAAGUCUGGGGAGAUAGAUACUCUCGCUACUUUGGAAUCCUUGACAUUCGAGGAAGGUGAACUUUUUGAUGACGAGGAUGAGUAUCGGGGCAUUUCAAGAUGGGAGAUGCGCGUGAAGAGAGUUCAACGCAAUGGUACUCACCUAGGAUAUGUCUAUGAUAAGAUCAUCUUGAAAAAGUACGAAGGUUUCGCAGCAUUUUCGACUUUGGAUAUCUUUCCAUUACACUUCCAUUCAGAAAGUCAGCAGAUCAAAACUCGGCUUUUAGGCCGGGGGAAGAAGUACAUGUCAUUGGCAGACAUCCACCACUGUCAAUACAAUGGCACAGCAAAGCUCAGUCAAUUGAUCAAUAGACCUACUACGGUCAAAGAUGAGCUUAUACGAACCAGGGUUCGGCAGAGAAUUAUGGUUGACUUUGAGGAGUUUUACCAGAAUGCUAAAGGCCCCCAACCAGACUUUCAAACUCCAGGAGACAUCUUGGGGUCAACUUCUUCCGACAUAAGACUGGAAGAUACGGACUUCCUUAUUUGCCAUCAUGAGGUGACUGGCUAUACUUUAAUCACCAAGCGUUGGGGCUUUUUCGACGUAGAGCUUGUUCACCCAGUCAACUUCAAUGAAGAGGCUUUUCAGAACUUAGUCCUUGAAGAGGAUAAGAAGCAACUCAUUUCCUCGCUAAUUUUGUCUCGCAAUCUUGAAGGUUUCAGCAGUGAUGACUUUAUCGAAGGAAAGGGAAAGGGUGUGAUCAUUCUCUUACAUGGCCCACCUGGGGUUGGGAAAACGUUCACAGCAGAGGCGAUGGCAGAUCAUGCUCGUAGACCCCUACUUACUGCCAACUCGGGCCAGUUCGUUGGCCCUCCUCCAUAUGUGGAAUCCAUACUAUCUCGCCUAUUACACCUUGCCGAACGAUGGCAGGCCUUGUUACUACUGGAUGAGGCCGAUGUUUUCAUGCAAGCUCGAAACUUGUCUGACUUGGAGCGCAAUGGACUGGUAUCUAUGCUUCUUCGUAUUCUUGAAUAUUUUGAGGGAACUCUCUUCUUGACGACCAAUCGCGUUGGAACCAUUGAUAGCGCCUUCAUGUCUCGGAUUCAUCUCGCGUUGUCUUAUAGCCCUUUGACCAAGGAGGCCAAACAGCAUCUGUGGGAUGUGUGGAUUGCACGAGCUUGUGGUGGAGAGCGACCCGCCUGGGCAGCAGAUAAAUUGCUGAAAGCUUUGGCAAGCUUUGAUGUCAGCGGUAGGGACAUUAAGAAUAUCGCCCUUCUUGCCCAGGCAGUAGCCAAAAGUGGGCAGCGGGGUAUGGCAGCUGACGACAUCUGGAAAGGUGUUACAGCCAUGACCCAGUUUCAGGAAGAUUUCAAGAAGAGUGUUCCUGAUGAAGGACUCGGAAGGAAUAUUGACGGGAAGGAACUGACAGUGAAUCAGACUCCUUCUAUUUCUUGGGCUGCAAAGGCUAUGAAUCACUGGUGGUAUCGUUCUUGA